GUGUGGUGCCUCAUCGCCGCCUACCUCGGACCCGGCUGGCGGCACCUGGCCCGGCUGAGCCUGGUCAGCCGCUACCUGCACGGCGUCGUGUGGGGCCAGGCCACCGCCAUCGACCUCAGCGCCCUCUCCUCCUCCAUCGCCUCCUGGUGGCGCAGCUACCUCGCCCAGCGCCGCCACCGACUCCCACCCGACCACGCCCAGCCCAGGGAGGAGCAGGAGGCCGAGUCGCGGGAUCCGCUGGAGCACAUCCUGCGGUUCGUGCGGCACCACUCGCCCGAGCUGCGGUGGUUGAGCCUGCCGGGCAGCUUCGCCCUGCACCACGCCCCGCUGCUGGUGGCGGAUCUGCGACACCUGGCCCUGCACGCCGUCACCGACGCCGAGUCCACCGUCGCCGCCACCGUCGCUCGCCUGCCCUAUCUCACCUCCCUCCGACUCUCGGGGAUGGGGGUGACGGACGCGCUGCUGAACGAGCUGCCCGGGUCGCUCACUUCGCUGUGGGUGGAGAGCCCGUGUCCGGACCCCACGGCCUUCCGCGGCACCUUCCAGCGGCUCCCGCCGUCCCUCACCACGCUCCGUCUCCACCUGUGCCACACGCUGGUCAUUCCCCGAUUCGAUCUCCUGUCUCCUAACCUUCGAACUCUAGACUUGACUGGCAGUCGACGUAUCACGGGUCGCAUGCUGGACAAGCUGCCCCGGAUGCUGCUCGUGCUGAAGCUGCGCGAUUGCCGCAGCAUCAUGCAGGCCGAGCUCGCGCCCGCAUUGACCCGCCUCAACUUGUUGCAGGAGCUGGACCUGAGGGGCGCGAUGGCGUUCCUCCCGGCCUCGCUGCGCGUCCUGCGGCUGUCGGGUCCGCUCACCGACGGCAUCAUGCCGCUGCUCCCGAGGCAGCUCGAGGCCCUCACCCUCUUCAACAUGCCGCUCAUCUCCGACGACGCCCUGUCCUGCUUCCUGGCCGAGGUCGCCGCGCGGCUCACGUCGCUCACGCUCGCCUUCUGUCCGAAGCUCACCGACGCCGGCCUCAAGCCGCUGCCGCACAACCUGGUCGCGCUCAAGAUCAAGGGCGGCGGCCGCAAGUGUCGCAUCACCGAGGCGGCCUUCCAGUGUCUGCCCGCCACGCUCCGCCGGCUGCACGUCGCGUCGGCGCCCUUUGUGCACGUCCCCUCCCUCUCGCUCCCGCCCUCCCUCUACUUCGUCCACCGCCCAUGA